AUGGUGGAAUCCGACCAAGUCAACGGGAUGUCCUCUUCGGUCGACGAAUUCUGUAAGGCGCUUGGGGGCGACUCGCCGAUCCGCAGCGUGCUGGUUGCCAACAACGGGAUGGCUGCCGUCAAGUUCAUGCGCAGCAUCCGGGCCUGGGCCUUGGAGACCUUUGGGACCGAGAAGGCCAUCCUUUUGGUGGCCAUGGCGACCCCAGAGGACCUCAGGGUUAAUGCCGAGCACAUAAGGAUCGCCGACCAGUUCCUGGAAGUCCCCGCUGGGACGAAUAACAACAACUAUGCAAAUGUACAGCUCAUAGUCGAGAUAGCAGAGAGAACUCUGGUUUCUGCAGUUUGGCCUGGCUGGGGUCAUGCUUCUGAGAACCCAGAACUUCCGGAUGCGCUCAAGGAAAAAGGAAUCGUUUUUCUUGGGCCACCAUCAGCCGCCAUGGCUGCACUAGGCGAUAAGAUUGGUUCCUCUCUUAUCGCACAGGCAGCAGGAGUUCCAACUCUUCCAUGGAGUGGGUCACAUGUGAAAGUUCCGCAAGAAACCUGCCACUCGAUACCUGAGGAGAUCUACAAGAAUGCUUGUGUUUCAACUACAGAGGAAGCGGUGGCUAGUUGUCAAGUGGUGGGGUAUCCUGCAAUGAUCAAGGCAUCAUGGGGUGGUGGUGGUAAAGGAAUAAGGAAGGUACACAAUGAUGAUGAGGUGAGAACCUUGUUUAAGCAAGUGCAAGGAGAAGUCCCUGGAUCGCCUAUAUUUAUUAUGAAGGUGGCAUCUCAGAGCCGACAUCUAGAGGUUCAGUUGCUCUGUGACAAACACGGCAACGUAGCAGCACUGCACAGCCGGGACUGUAGUGUUCAAAGAAGGCACCAAAAGAUCAUCGAAGAGGGACCAAUUACAGUUGCUCCUCCAGAAACAGUCAGAGAGCUUGAGCAGGCAGCAAGGCGGCUUGCUAAAUGUGUGCAAUAUCAGGGUGCUGCUACAGUGGAAUAUCUGUACAGCAUGGAAACAGGAGAAUACUAUUUCCUGGAGCUUAAUCCAAGAUUGCAGGUAGAACACCCUGUGACUGAAUGGAUUGCUGACAUAAACUUACCUGCAUCUCAAGUUGCAGUAGGAAUGGGGAUACCCCUCUACAACAUUCCAGAGAUCAGACGCUUUUAUGGAGUGGAACAUGGAGGUGGCUAUCACGCUUGGAAGGAAAUAUCAGUUGUUGCAACUAAAUUUGAUUUGGACAAAGCACAGUCUGUAAGGCCAAAGAGUCCUUGUGUAGCAGUUAGAGUUACUAGUGAGGACCCAGAUGAUGGGUUUAAGCCUACUAGUGGAAAAGUGGAAGAGCUCAACUUUAAAAGUCAUGUUUUUGCUUUUGGGGAAUCUAGGUCGUUGGCAAUAGCCAAUAUGGUACUUGGGUUAAAAGAGAUCCAAAUUCGCGGAGAGAUCCGCACCAACGUUGAUUACACGGUGGAUCUCUUGAAUGCUGCAGAAUACCAAGAAAAUAAGAUCCACACUGGUUGGCUAGACAGCAGAAUAGCUAUGCGUGUUAAAGCAGAGAGGCCCCCAUGGUACCUUUCAGUUGUUGGUGGAGCUCUAUAUGAAGCAUCAAGCAGGAGCUCGAGUGCUGUAACCGAUUAUGUCGGUUAUCUCAGUAAAGGUCAAAUACCGCCAAAGCACAUUUCUCUUGUCAAUUUGACUGUAACUCUAAAUAUAGAGGGGAUCAAAUAUAUGAUUGAGACAGUAAGAGGUGGACCCCGUAGCUACAGAUUAAGAAUUAAUGAUUCAGAGAUUGAAGCAGAGAUACAUUCGUUGCGAGAUGGCGGACUCUUAAUGCAGUUGGAUGGAAACAGUCAUGUAAUUUACGCAGAGGCAGAGGGUGCUGGUACGCGCCUUCUAAUCAAUGGGAGAACAUGCUUAUUACAGAAAGAGCAUGAUCCUUCCAGGCUGUUGGCUGAUACACCGUGCAAACUUCUUCGGUUUUUGGUCGCUGAUGGUUCUCGCGUGGUUGCUGAUACACCUUAUGCUGAGGUGGAGGUCAUGAAGAUGUGCAUGCCACUGUUACUACCGGCCUCCGGUAUCAUUCACUUUGUCAUGCCUGAGGGUCAGGCCAUGCAGGCGAGUGACCUGAUAGCAAGGUUGGAUCUUGAUGACCCAUCUGCUGUGAGGAGAGCUGAACCAUUUCAUGGCACCUUUCCAAAACUUGGACCUCCCACUGCUAUUUCUGGCAAAGUUCACCAAAAGUUUACUGCAAGUGUGAAUUCUGCGCACAUGAUCCUUGCAGGAUAUGAACAUAAUAUCAACCAUGUUGCACAAGUUUUGCUAAACUGCCUAGACAGCCCUGAGCUCCCUUUUCUACAGUGGCAAGAACUCAUGUCUGUUUUCGCAACCCGACUCCCAAAAGACCUUACGAAUGAGUUGGAUGGUAUUUACAAGGAGUAUGAGUUGAACGCUGAUUUCCAGAAGAGCAAGGAUUUCCCUGCCAAGUUGCUAAGGGGAGCCAUUGAGGCAAAUCUUGCAUACUGUUCCGAGAAAGAUCGGGUUACUAAUGAGAGGCUUGUAGAGCCACUUAUGAGCCUGGUCAAGUCUUAUGAGGGUGGAAGAGAAACCCAUGCUCGUGUUGUUGUUAAGUCUCUGUUUGAGGAGUAUUUAUCUGUUGAAGAACUGUUCAGUGAUGACAUUCAGUCCAAUGUGAUAGAACGUCUACGAUUUCAACAUGCAAAAGACCUUGAGAAGGUCGUAUAUAUUGUGUUCUCCCACCAGGGUGUGAAAAAUAAAAAUGAAUUAAUACUACGACUUAUGGAAGCGUUGGUCUAUCCAAAUCCAUCUGCUUACAGGGACCAGUUGACUCGCUUUUCUGCUCUGAACCAUACAGCAUACUCUGAGCUGGCACUUAAAGCAAGUCAACUUCUUGAGCACACCAAAUUGAGUGAACUCCGCACAAGCAUAGCAAGAAGCCUUUCAGAGCUGGAGAUGUUUACCGAGGAAGGAGCACGGCUUUUAACGCCUAGGAGGAAGAUGGCCAUCAAUGAAAGGAUGGAAGAUUUAGUAUGUGCCCCUGUUGCAGUUGAAGAUGCCCUUGUGUCUCUGUUUGAUCACAGUGAUCCUACUCUUCAGCGGAGAGUAGUUGAGACAUACAUACACAGAUUGUAUCAGCAUUACCUUGUAAGGGGCAGUGUCCGGAUGCAAUGGCACAUGUCUGGUCUAUUUGCCUUAUGGGAAUUCUCAGAAAAGCGUAUUGAACAAAGAAAUGGGCAACCUGCAACACUAAUAAAGCAACAAGUAGAGGAUCCCAUUGGCAGGCGAUGGGGUGUAAUGGUUGUAAUCAAGAAUCUUCAGUUUUUGCCAACUGCGAUUGAAGCUGCAUUAAAGGAGACUUCGCAUUUCCGAGGAGGUGUUGGAAGUGCCAUAAAUGGUAAUCCCAUAAAUUCUAACCAUAGCAAUAUGCUGGAUAUUGCUUUGGUUGGUAUCAACAAUCAGAUGAGUACUCUUCAAGACAGGUUCGUCUACACUAUUUUCUUAUGUGGUUUGUUGUUAUUGAUGAGAUGUGGAAGAUCACAAGAGUGUGAUUCUAUGAACUGGUAG